UAUGAAAGGAGGUGGUGUGUUAGUCCCUGAUGAAGGAAUCAGGCAAAGAGCUCUUAAAGUUCAACUAGUGUUGACGUGUCCAUGUAGACCUGCAGCUGUUCUUCCUGGUAUGACUUCCUGUUAAUGACUGAAGCCAAAUUGUGCUUUAAUCUAUAAGAUUUCCUUGAGAAACAGGAACUACGUGCAAUGCCAUUGUUUUCCAUGAUGUGGAUAAACUUGGCGUUUGGGCUGAUAAUGAUGCUCUACCUCCAUAACACGAGCCAGCCAUGAUUUCUGCAGGCAUCAUCGUUGUUGUUCUCAGCUAUGUGCAUAACCGUCAGCUGAUAACAUGUGAUCAACAGAACCAUAGCAUCCACCAUCCUGCUGCUUCACUGCAUCAGUUAAACCUCUCUGCAGCCUUCAGUUUCUGGUGAGAAAAUGGCAGAUGAGCGUUUCCAGCUCAGAGUGUUUGACAACAAAGAAUGGGAGGAAGACGACAAGCUCCAGUCCAGUGACUUCAUAAAUGUCACGUCAACGCUAGCAUCCCUCUAUCUCAGUGAGAGCCACACAGCGGAAAUCUCUGGACCUCAUUCAGGACCAUUCACAGGCCCCGUGAUGACAUCAUCAAACCACCAAUCAAUGCAGCAGACAGACAAAACAUCUGAGCCUCCACCAGAAACUCAAGAGUUCUUGAAGCCUGUGAUGGGCCAAAUGGGCAACGACAAAGAGGCUCUGCUGCACACCUUCACAGUGCUCCAGGAUCAUCCUUCCCCCGCUCAGGCUGAUGACAUGGUUCCGGCUCAGCAAGGAGAACUGAAGAACAUGGAAAUGGCUGACUGCAGUGCUGAAGACAAACUCUUAUCCAGUGCUGAGUGGUACUGGGGCAACAUCUCGAGAGAGGAAGUGAAUGAAAUGAUGAGAAAUACUCCUGAUGGCACGUUCCUGGUCAGAAAUUCUUCCAGUAAGGUUAAAGGCGAAUAUACACUCACUCUGAGGAAAAAUGGUUUUAACAGACUGAUCAAGAUAUUCCAUCGAGGAGGAAAUUAUGGCUUUUCUGAGCCACUGGCCUUCCCUUCUGUUGUGGACCUGAUCCAAUAUUAUCAAAACAAAUCACUUGCCCAGUACAACUCUCAGCUGGACACACGGCUACUCUAUCCAAUUUCCAGACACCCGCAGGAUUUACAGAGCAAGCAGAUGGCCAUUGAUGCUUUCAGAGAAAUAAUCCAGAUCUUUGAAGAGGAAUGUGAAACGCAAGAACGCUACAGCAAAGAAUACAUCAACAUGUUUCUUACGUUAGACAGUGGUGCAGAGACUGACAAGAUCCAAAGUAACUCUGGUGAGCUGCAGUCAAGGGUGGAGGAUUUUCACAGUUGCAAGAGGAGGCUGGAGGAGGAACUGAGGAUGCAGGCGCUCGCUCACAUGGAGGCUGACAGAAAAAUGAACCACCUAAAGCCUAACCUUGUACAGCUCAGGAAGAUCAAAGAUCAGUACCUACUGUGGCUCAACCAGCAGGACACUAAUCAGAGUCAGAUUAGUGACUGGCUGCAAAUCAGGAAUGAAGAUGAAGACCCGUACACCCUGGCAGAAGACAGCCACCAGGAGGAGAGGAGCUGGUAUGUUGGUGGAAUGAGACGGAGAGAGGCUGAGGAGCUGCUGAAGGGGAGGCGAGAUGGCACCUUUCUCAUUAGAGACAGCCAAACUCAGAGGGGUUCCUUUGCCUGCUCUGUGGUUGUGGAUGGAGCUGUGAAACACUGUGUGAUCUACAGGACGUCCGCUGGCUAUGGCUUUGCUGAGCCCUACAACGUCUAUUCCUCCCUCAGAGAGCUGGUCCUCCACUAUCGGCACACCUCCCUCAUCCAGCACAACCAGCAGCUGAAUGUAACACUGGCCUGGCCCGCUCUCAGCCAGCAGCCAAGCUGAGAUACACCAGCAAGCUGCCCACAUGGUGGCGCUGUCCAAAA